GAAAACAAACCGCGAGCGACGCACAUCGAUCUUGGUGCAUCGAGUUUAGUGCAUGUAGAGGUUUGUGCAUUGAGCUUAGCUGAGAUAAAAAACCGUGGACGCGCUGCGUGCUUGAGAUAGCAUUUUCCAGUUGUUUGGGAAAAAUUGCAGCCAUUUUUCUUCUCUUCACAGGGAGCUUCUGAACCCCUAAGGUCUAGUUGUGGACCAUCGACAUCCAGAGCUUGAUAGGCAGAUGAUUGCUGCUGGACGGUUGCUUUCCUGUCUUCGCUAAGUCUGCCCGAAGUCGUAAAGGUCAGCUAGCGAUAGUGGCAUUUGACUAACCAGGUGCAAGGCUAUUCAAAAGCUCAUCGAUAUUUCGUCGAGCAAGGCGUCUCUGCCUCAUCCAUUGUCACCAACCAGAGCAAGUCGGGCUUGCCUUUCGUUCGAAGUUCAAGUUCCAAAGUCCGCCAUGGCUGCCGGUAUGUACAUGGAUACGCGGCUGCAGCAGCAGUUCUGGGGCAACCCCUACUGGCAAUCCGACCUCUACGAGCCGCCUCCGCCCACCCCCAACCCGCAUCCCCCCAUCGGCCGCCUUGCGCGGCCGGGGCUCCUCGUCAUUCCGCCCAUCGUUCCCGCUCCGCUCACCCCCACCCCGGUUGUGCUCAUGCGCGAGAUCGAGCGCUACAAUAAGAAGCGGAACGCGGAGAGGGCGGAACGUCUAGCGGCGGCGCAACCCGCCGAUCGCCCCGCGGGCCCCCCCGUGCGUCCGCGAAGGCGGAGGAUCUGGGACGAUAUGUUCUUCGACGACCUUCCCCGACGCCCCCUCCGCGCCGCGCGUCUGCUCCCGCGCCCGUCGCACGCGUUACUCCGUCGCAGCCGCUUAACGAACUCACUGCUCCCGCUCCCAGUAUCGCGGCUCCCGCGCCUGUCAGUCGCGUCGCUCCGUUGCAGCCGCUUAAAGAGCUCAACGGCGUGAUUUCUGAUUCGACUAAAAAAGCGCCACUGCCGCUGCCACUGGCAGCAUCGAACGUGAACGUUUCCGUGGAAGGCUCGGCGAAAGUUUCGGCGAAAGCCUCCAAGCUGCUACCGGUGUCUGCGAAACAGCUCUCGUUCCGGACGUGGCUCGGCGACGACGAGAAUGCGACGACGACGGCGACAGCUGUACGACCGAGCUGCGUCUGCGAAACAGCGUUGCAGCAGUCGUCUGAUGCGAGUCGCUUGGCGGAGCUUCGCAUCGACAUACCUUCGCUUGGCGCCGCCGCUGCUAUUGGUGCUGCUGUUCCAACCGGGUCAUCUUGCGCCGAGUUAGGACACGCCACGGCGGGUCACGCGUCGCUCCAGGUCGGUUCAGUUGCCAUCGCUAUAGCCUGAUCCGUUAACUCGCGCGUCGAACUCUAGUUUUGCCCCUAGCCUCGGUGUCGAACUUCCUUGUGACCGGGCUUCUGUGACUCGGCCUUUUUUCUGGUGUUCGCUUUGCACGCGCGAGGUGGUUCUUGAUGCGCCUCUUGGCGAGGCUUAUACUGCGGAUAAGCCCCUUCCAGGGCGCCUCAAGCACCACCUCGUUUGCUCCUUAUCUUUCUGACAUGAAUAGAACUAGAAACAGCCUUCCUCUAGCGAUACGCAGGCACGCGAGCUCCAACAUUAGCUUGAGCUUCCUCUUUGUCCCUUUACACUUCAAAGAGAGUUGAAUCUGAUGUAUGUUCCUUAUUAAUACGA